CUACCGUGUCCCCGUAGCCCUGACUAAACGCCUUCUGGAAUUGAUCGCCGAUACUCAGUCUGGUCGUUUGUACCAAACUUUCGCUUCAUGCAACUCUUACGAGUGGACGGCUUGCCUUUGUGCAGACUGUGGCGAGGGACCAGGCUGCCCGUUGCUUUCUUCCGACAACCCAAGCCAAGAGACGUCAGGCUUCAUCCGUGAGGGAUCAGAGGUAGGAUACUUCCUGUCAGCGUCUCAUGAAUGAUCCGUGAAAGCUUGUCAAUUAAGGUUUGAAUUCAUUCUUAAGACCCUAUGAUCUGCACUCUUGAGGGUCCAUAAUUCUCGCCAGUCGCCGUCAACUGGUAUCACGACUCUCACUAUCGAUUUCACCGUACUGAUAAGACCCGGUCAACAUGGUGCUGCCGAGCGGGCGAGGGCAGGCGCAACAGGACGCUUGCACAGGCGUCGCAACCGCAUUUACCAUCACCUCAUUUCUAAUUGUUGGUCUCCGCACUUACGUUCGCUCACGAAUAGUGCGAAACUUUGGUAAAGAUGAUGCCUUUAUGGUUGGUGCUGUUGUCUUUACACUCGGAUAUCUAGUAUGCAUCUGGAUCAUGCGCGACAACGGAAUGGGCUACAGCGGCAAGGUGUUGAAGCUCGACCAGAUGACUACCCUUAUCCAAACAACACUGGCAAUUCAGAUUCUCUACUAUCUCCUCAUCGCAUGUGUCAAGAUUUCAAUCUGCUUUUGCUACUUGCGCAUAGCUGCGGACAAGUACUUCGCUCGCCUGGUCAAAGGGACCAUCUACUUUCUGGCCACCUUCUGCGUCAUUUGUGUGAUCGUCUGCCUGACCCAAUGCAUUCCCCUCCGUCAGAUGUGGAACUUUACAAGCGUACCAUUAGGAACAUGUGUAAACACUACUGCACUGUUCUACACUACGAGCUCGAUAAAUAUCAUCACUGAUAUAUGGAUAAUCGUCCUACCAGUACGAACACUGCUUAAGAUCCAGCGGCCCAACCGCGAAAAGCUCGGUCUUAUCUUCGUCUUCGGUCUCGGUGUAUUUUCGACGAUUGCCUCCAUUGUACGCCUGCACGCGAUCCGCAUCUACACAGAGUCCACCGACCCCUUUUACGACUCGGUUCCCAUCAACCUCUGGUCGAUGGUCGAAGUCAACAUUGGCAUCUGGUGCGCAUCGAUCCCCUCGCUCAGGAUCAUCCUCAUUCGCCGCCGCGCCGCCACCCAGGCCUCGCGCUCAGCCGGCACGUACAAGUACCACAGCAGUGGGCGAAGCGGGGCAAAAGACCCCGGUAACAGCGCGAGUGGAGGGUCGAAAAAUCUCGAGAGUUUCGACAUGGGCAGCGUGGACCUGACAAAUCCCGAGGCCGCUAGGAAAGCAAGCAAGGGCGACAGCGAGUGGAGCAGCCAUGGCAGCGACGACCAGAUCUAUUUUCCCGGCGCAUACAAUCCCACGCCAAAGCUUCCUGUUUGAUGCGGAUAUAUGUGGUGCGUAUGAUAACGCGGGGUUGCAUCGGAUGGUCCCGAACCGGAGUCUGGGUGUUUGGGUGGGAGGCGACUUGGUAUAGGCUUCCUUUGCAUCGGUAUCGGUCUUUUCCAUGGUUCUGCUAAGUCACUCCUUUGAUAUCCACCCUGGCGCAGUGGGUUUGGUCACGAGUCUCUGGAUCUCGUAAACCUCGUUGACCAACUUCUAAUGCACGAAAGCAAAAAGCUUCCCGGCUAAUUUCGUGUUGCACUUGAGAAGCUC